AUGUCGUAUCUUGGAUCUUUCAGCCCAAGACCAUCACGGUUGCAAGCGGUGCUUAGCCACAAUACGCCUCAAGAAGACAUCAACAUGGAGCUCAAUGACAUGGUCCAGGGCGCUGCGCCGUUAGCCCACCUUGAAGGGGUCCAAUACGAAGAGACUGAGCAUGAACUGGAUCGUGAGAGCACAGAGGCCAUGGAGCAUCAAGUGGGAGAGCUGGCGAAACAACUCACCCGCGAGUCGACCCGGUUGUCCAGCUCGCUGGACAGCCCAUUUGCGGAAAAGGGUGCAGAAUCAACAAUCAAUCCCCACAGCCCGAAUUUCAAGCCGAAGGAUUGGAUUAAAACCCUUCUCGCAAUUCAAUCGCGAGAUCCCGAACGAUAUCCAGAGUUCACUGUCGGUGUAUCCUUCCGGAAUCUUAGCAUCCAUGGAUUUGGCUAUCCCACAGACUAUCAGAAAGACGUCUUCAACUCUCUCCUUGGAAUUGGUAGUUUAUUCCGCUGGUUGAUAGGCCAGAAGGGCCAGAAGGUUGAGAUUCUUCGCAACUUUGAUGGUAUGGUGAAGAGUGGCGAGAUGUUACUAGUACUUGGUCGGCCCGGCAGUGGAUGUUCAACGUUCCUCAAGACGAUCGCCGGGGAGAUGAACGGUAUUGAAAUAUCCAAGGAGGCGGUUAUGAAUUAUCAGGGCAUUCCUGUGCGCAAGAUGCAAAAGGCCUUCAAGGGCGAGGCGAUCUAUACGGCCGAGACGGAUGUCCAUUUUCCCAACCUGACUGUUGGGGACACGCUCUCCUUUGCAGCGCAUGCUAGAGCCCCACGUCAUCUCUUAGAUGGGGUCACUCCGGAUCAGUACGCUCAACACAUGAGAGAUGUGGUUAUGGCGAUGUUAGGUCUGUCUCACACCGUCAAUACCCGCGUGGGAAAUGAUUUUGUCCGCGGAGUAAGCGGUGGUGAGCGGAAACGAGUCAGUAUUGCCGAGGCCACAUUGAGUCAAGCACCUAUUCAAUGUUGGGAUAAUAGCACCCGAGGCCUAGACAGUGCUAAUGCGCUGGAGUUUUGCAAAAACCUGGCUUUGAUUAGCAAAUAUGCCGGAACAGCGGUCUGCGUUGCAAUAUAUCAAGCGUCUCAGAAUGCAUACGAUGUGUUUGACAAAGUGACAGUCCUUUAUGAAGGCCGGCAAAUCUAUUUCGGACCCACCAGUCAGGCAAAACAGUUUUUUAUAAACUUAGGCUUUGAAUGUCCGGAGCGCCAGACAACAGCCGACUUCUUGACCUCACUGACAAGCCCAAAUGAACGCAAGGCUCGCCCAGGGUUUGAAGAUCGUGUUCCUCGUACACCGGACGAAUUUGCUGCAGUAUGGAAGCAAAGCCAAGCGCGACACCAACUUGUCGAUGAGAUUAAACGGUUUGAAAUGGAAUACCCCGUGGGUGGGGAAUCGUAUCAGAAAUUUGUCAGCGCGAGAAAGACAAUUCAAGCUAAGCGCCAACGGGUCCAGUCUCCGUACGCAAUCUCAGUGUGGGAUCAAACCUCGCUGUGUAUUGGCCGCGGAUUCCAGCGUCUUCGGGCUGAUUUCAGUAUGACCGCAACGGCAUUGAUUGGAAAUUUUACUAUCUCCUUGAUUCUAGCCUCUGUUUUCUACAACCUCCCCAAUAACACAUCCAGCUUUUACUCCAGAGGGGUGUUACUAUUUUAUGCGGUGCUUCUCAGUGCAUUCUCGAGUGCGUUGGAAAUCCUGACCCUGUACGCCCAGCGGCCUAUUGUAGAGAAGCAAUCAAGGUACGCAUUUUACCACCCCUUUACGGAAGCAGUUGCAUCUAUGGUCUGCGAUAUUCCAUAUAAGCUUCUCAAUUCAUUUACAUUUAAUCUUCCGAUCUACUUUAUGACCAAUUUACGUCGCGAUGCGGGGGCAUGGUUUACAUUUUGGAUAUUCUCCCUUGUGACCACGUUCACAAUGUCAAUGAUUUUCCGAACAAUUGCAGCAUCAUCACGUUCUCUGUCUCAGGCUUUGGUACCCGCUGCAAUUCUCAUUCUAGGAAUGAUGAUAUAUACAGGAUUCGUGAUCCCAACACGGAGUAUGCUAGGUUGGUCGCGUUGGAUGAACUAUAUUAAUCCAAUUGCAUAUGCGUUUGAGAGCUUUAUGGUGAAUGAGUUUAAUGGUCGAGAAUUUGAAUGUGCCACAAUCAUGCCAUCCGGGGGUCCAUACGACAGUGUUUCUAUAAACAAUCGGAUUUGUGACACUGUUGGGGCAGAGCCUGGAUCAACGGUAGUGCAGGGUACCCGCUAUUUGGAACAAAGUUUUAAAUAUACAAGACGCCAUUUGUGGCGAAACAUGGGAAUCCUUAUAGGAUUUAUGGUCUUCUUCGGCUUUAUUUACCUUCUUGCCACGGAAUAUAUAUCGGAGGAGAAGCCAAAGGGCGAGGUCCUGCUAUUCCGCCGUGGCCAACUGCCAAAAUCAGUAUCGGGAGGGUCUGAUGAGGAGUCACCUACUGGCCCCGCUGCAGCCCCUAACGGCAAAACUUUGGCUUCUCAGACUGGAGCCAAGAUUCAACGACAAACGGCUAUCUUUCACUGGCAGGAUGUCUGCUAUGACAUUAAGGUUAAGGGACAGUCACGGAGGAUUCUUGACCACGUGGACGGUUGGGUCAAGCCUGGAACUUGCACGGCUCUUAUGGGUGUUUCAGGAGCCGGGAAGACAACCUUACUCGACGUCCUUGCUACCCGUGUAACGACUGGUGUGAUUACAGGGGAAAUGCUUGUGGAUGGAAGUCCCCGGGAUCAGUCCUUCCAGCGGAAAACAGGAUAUGUACAGCAGCAGGAUCUACAUCUCGCUACGUCUACAGUUCGUGAAGCCCUGCGUUUUAGUGCAUUAUUGCGCCAGCCCGCGCAUAUCAGCCGACAAGAAAAGCUUGACUAUGUUGAGGAGGUUAUUGCACUUCUGGGCAUGGAAACGUACGCUGAUGCAGUAGUUGGAGUUCCUGGGGAAGGCUUGAAUGUUGAGCAGCGUAAACGGCUGACUAUCGGAGUGGAGCUUGCAGCUAAACCGCAGCUUCUGUUGUUUUUAGAUGAACCCACAUCCGGCUUGGAUAGCCAGACCUCGUGGUCGAUCCUUGAUCUAAUUGAUACAUUGACCAAGCAUGGCCAAGCUAUUCUGUGUACUAUCCAUCAACCCUCAGCCAUGCUGUUUCAACGAUUUGAUCGUCUUCUCUUUCUGGCUAAAGGUGGGAAGACUAUCUACUUUGGCGAGAUUGGACAAAAUUCUACAACUUUGGCAAAAUACUUUGAGCGCAAUGGGGCCCAUCCAUUAUCACCUGGAGAGAAUCCAGCAGAAUGGAUGUUGGAUGUUAUUGGAGCUGCUCCUGGCUCCCAUAGCGACAUAGAUUGGCAUCAAGUCUGGCGUCAAAGCCCCGAAUUCGCGAAGGUCAAGCAUCAUCUCACUGAGUUGAAAUCCGGAUUGCAUGGUACUCCAACCAAGAACAAUACUAAUGUAGAUGAAUUCAGGGAAUAUGCUGCACCCUUCUACAUACAACUUUGGGAAUGCUUGAAACGUGUGUUUUCACAAUAUUACCGCACGCCAAGUUACAUCUGGUCUAAAGCCGCUCUUUGUGUUCUAUCAGGACUUUAUAUUGGCUUCUCCUUCUUCGAUGCUAAGAAUUCGCUUCAAGGCCUGCAGAAUCAGAUGUUCAGUGUCUUUAUGCUGCUGGCCAUUUUUGGUAACCUGGUUGAGCAAAUCAUGCCGCAUUUUGUUACCCAACGGUCUAUAUACGAAGUGCGCGAGCGUCCAUCAAAAACGUAUUCUUGGAAAGCCUUUAUGACAGCAAAUAUCAUUGUGGAGCUUCCAUGGAACACACUUAUGUCAGUGCUCAUGUUUUUGUGCUGGUACUAUCCCAUCGGCUUCUAUAACAAUGCAAAACCGACACAGGCUGUGACUGAACGUGGUGGACUGAUGUUUCUUUUUAUCUGGACGUUCCUUCUGUUCACCUCAACAUUUGCCCAUAUGAUUAUUGCGGGUAUUGAGCUUCCAGAAACGGCAGGCAACGUCGCUACUGUCUUGUUCUCGCUGUGCCUCAUCUUCUGUGGCGUACUCGCAACUCCAGAACAAAUGCCGGGCUUCUGGAUUUUCAUGUAUCGAGUCUCACCCUUUACGUAUCUUAUAUCUGGGAUGCUUUCCACUGGUGUGUCUGGUACCUCUGUGAGCUGUGACUCACUGGAGUUUCUCCAUUUCAAUCCACCUGACAAUUUAACCUGCGGGCAAUAUAUGAAUCCCUUCAUUGCCGCCAACGGCGGCGGAUAUUUGCGAGAUGCUGAAGCGACGGCUGACUGUGCGUUCUGCCCCGCCAGCUCUACAGACACCUUUCUGCACCAUUUGUCUAUCAGCUUCUCAGAUGCCUGGCGAAACCUCGGACUCAUGUGGGUGUAUAUUGCUUUCAACAUUUUUGCCGCUGUUUUGAUAUAUUGGUUGGCCCGUGUGCCAAAGCAUAGCAAGGCGUCGAGAAAGAGCUAG